AUGCAAGGAGCUGGAGAAAUGCAAGGAGAUGGAGGAAGUAGAGAUAUGCAAAAUACAUCAAGUGGACACCACACUCCAAUUGUUUCAGCAAGUGGACAACAAACAACAAGUGGGCAACAAACUACAGCAACAACCGAUCUUCCACCAAAUGGCCUAAAGAAAAGAAGACAUAAUGCCAAUGGUAAUAGAAAAAGAUCUGAGGUAUGGGAUCACUUUAACCUUAUUCCUAAUAGUGACCCACCAACCGCUGCGUGUAAAUAUUGCCAUCAAAUGUACAUGUGUGACUCUGAGAAACAUGGAACUCCAACUAAAAGAGUCACAUGA